AUGAAGAUCUGGUUGCCGUCACCUAUAGAUGCGGCACAGGUAUCAACAAAUGGCAGUAAUAAUCAUAAUCAACAACAACAACAACUAAAUAACUCUAAUAACAAUAGUAAGCCAUGGGAUGACAUACUGGACCCGCAAUCAAAUCAUUUAACUGAUGUCCUUCAGCAUUGGAAACCCGAUCCAAUAUUUAAUGAACAUAAUAUUAAUCAUCAUGAUCAUGAUGACCAUGACAAUUAUGGUGAAAGUUAUAAUUACAAUCAUCAUAAUCACCAAAAUGGCAAUCAAUAUUCAAGUCAUAACCAAAAUCAACAUAAUCAUCAUCACCAACAACAACAACAUCAUCAACAACAAGACAACUAUGACAGUGCUGUACCUGAAUAUCAUCCAAUGUUUCCCCCUAUACCAGAAUAUCCUCCCCCGAGAUAUACUACUACUACCACCACUACUACUAAUACUACUACUUCUACGACUAAUAGACCAACAAUUCGUACGAGAAGUCCGCUAAUGACAACACAAAUACUGAAUACGAUUUUUACCGGACUAUUCACUACAGACAUACCCGACUCUACCUCAUCGGCUGACGUAACCAUUGCAACAACUGCCCCGACAACAGACAAUGGAGAUACAGAUACGUCACCACCAGGUCCUACAAAAGCACCACUGCUUUCAACUACAUUGUCUAUUCAGACAAAAUCAGUUACCGAUAUAUUACUGACAACUGCGGUAACAUCCGGAACAUCAGUAGACAGCAGUCAGACAACGAUUGCAAUCAAUGAAAUGUCUACCACUGAAGCACCAAAUGCACCGACAACUGUAGGACUACCGCCACAAACACAAUCACCGCCGCAAACCACUGUAAUGGGCGAUCAAUCGACCACAAUAAUUGGUGGACAACAAACAACUGGCCCGCCAGUCACCGAUAUGACUAUACAGCCCACAACUAAUAGUGAUAAUGCCAACAAUACACAGGGGGCGCCAAUAUCGACAUCACUGUUUACUGGACCUACUCGGCGCACAACUACUACAACUACUACUAGUCAGCGCCCAACACGUACUCCUAGUCGGCGCCCAACUAGUACUACCAGUAGGCGCCCAACUACUACUACUACUAGACCCAGACCCGAACCGCCACACCACGAACCGCAUCCCGAAGAUUGGCUGUAUCCCAAUUUUGGUGGCCAACAACAGUGGCCAGGUUUUGGCCAACCAGAGUCACACGGUGGUGGUGGUAGUGGUGGUCUUAUACCAACUGAUCAUUUAGGACCUAAACCCGAAAGCGAACAAUGGCCCUGGAUCAAUCCUAGAAAAUCUAUUAUGCAAUAA